UUCAGAGAUCGAUCCGACAUGCAAUUUUGUCGUCGACAGUUGCUGCGUGGUCGGUCCUCAAUAGCACAAUGUUCUCUCGCUUCCUGACGCCGUUGGCGUUUGCGGCGUGCACGGCGGUCUCUGUGCUCCCGGUCGUGUCGUGCGGGCCUGUCUCCAUCGACUUGGUGCCCAGGACGUAUGCGGACAGUAUUGAUAUCGAGGCGCUCGAAAAGUGCCUCAGCGAUGGUGCUGAGGUCUAUGUCCCUAGCGACGAGCCAUUCGCCGCCCUCACGGUUCGCUGGUCUAAUCUAGAGCCUCCGAGCCCUAACGUUGUCGUUGUUGCCGCGAUCGAGGAGGAUGUCUCACAGGCCGUCGCCUUUGCGUACAAGAAUGACAUCCCCAUUCUUGCCUACAACGGGCACCACGGCACCCUGAUCUCGCUAGGAAAGAUGGACUACGGCAUCCAGAUCUACCUCGGCCACCUCGACUCCCUGGAGAUAGCCGGGGACGGGAGCACCGUGACCGUGGGCGGCGGCAUCAACUCGCACAACUUGACCGAGACCCUCUGGGCGGCGGGCAAGCAGGCCGUCACGGGCACCUGCGAGUGCGUCAGCUACCUGGGCCCGGCCCUCGGCGGCGGCCACGGCUGGCUGCAGGGCCACCACGGCCUCAUAUCGGACCAGUUCGAGUCGCUCAACGUCGUCCUCGCCAACGGCGACCUGAAGACCAUCGACAGCACGUCGGAUCUGUGGUGGGGGAUGCUCGGUGCGGGCCAGAACUUCGGGAUCGUCACCUCGGCGACGUCCAAGAUCUACGAUAUUGUCUCCCCGAACUGGGCGAUCGAGACUAUUGUCUUUGGAGGCGACAAGCUCGAGGCCGUCUACGAGGCCGCCAGCGGGGCCCUCGUCAAGGACGGCACCCAGACCGACGAUGUCCAGAAUUACUCGUACUGGCAGAACGACGGAACGCUCGAUCCCGACAACCCCGUGAUCAUAAUGUACAUUAUGCAAGAGGGCGUGGACGCCGUGGAGCCAGCAUACACGAAGCCAUUCCACGACCUGGCCCCCCUCAGGAUCACGCCCCAGUCAGGCGACUACCGCGACCUGGCCGCCUGGACGGGGAUCGCGCUGGACUCCCCGCCCUGCCAGGACUUCGGCUUCAACAACCCGCGCUUCCCCAUCUACCUGCCGUCCUACAACGCGACGGCCAUGCGGCUCGCGUACGACGUCUACGCGGCGGCCGUCGGCGGCGCCGACAGCCCCUGGACCAACUCCAUAUUCCUGUUCGAGGACUACGCCAGCUCGGGCGUGCGCGCGCGCGGCGAGGGCUCCACCGCGUUUGCGUUCCGCGAGGACCUGCUGCUCGCCGCGCCGCUCAUCAUCUACAACUCGACCGGCGCGGCCGAGGACGCGGAGGUCAAGGCCUUGGGGAACCGGCUGAGGGAGAUCAUCAGGGAGGGCACCGGCAGGGAGGAGCUGCAUGCGUAUGUCAACUAUGCGUAUGGGGACGAGGGCUUGAAGGCGUGGUUUGGUGCUGAGGAGUGGAGGGGAGACCGGUUGAGGGCGCUGAAGGAGAAGUAUGACCCUACGGGCGUGUUCAGCUUCUAUGCGCCGAUCGCGUAGAGUUGAGGUGGAUGCUGGACUC